AUGCCCAGUGCUACGGGAUCCGAUUGGGAGAAGUACAAGAAGAACUUCGCGGACGAAGAGGUUCCGGAGAAAAAGAUCACACCUUUGACCGACGAGGAUAUUCAAGUUCUCAAGACAUAUGGCGCCGCUCCGUAUGCUGCUGCCCUCAAGACGCUCGAGAAACAGAUCAAGGAAAAACAACAAAGCGUGAAUGAGAAGAUCGGUGUGAAGGAAUCCGACACCGGUCUCGCCCCUCCUCAUCUAUGGGAUGUUGCCGCCGACCGACAGCGCAUGGCUGAGGAGCAGCCAUUACAGGUAGCACGAUGCACUAAGAUUAUUACGGACGAGAAAGACCCCGAGAAAACCAAAUACGUCAUCAAUGUUAAACAAAUCGCGAAGUUCGUCGUCAAUCUUGGCGAGCGGGUUAGUCCUACGGAUAUUGAAGAAGGCAUGCGAGUUGGUGUCGACCGCAACAAGUACCAGAUUUUACUUCCUCUUCCCCCGAAGAUCGACCCUAGUGUUACGAUGAUGCAGGUCGAAGACAAGCCUGAUGUGACAUAUGGAGAUGUUGGUGGAAGCAAAGAACAGAUCGAGAAACUACGAGAAGUCGUUGAAAUGCCACUGCUGUCACCUGAACGCUUUGUCAACCUUGGUAUCGAUCCCCCCAAAGGCGCGCUUCUCUACGGUCCACCUGGUACGGGUAAAACACUAUGCGCAAGAGCUGUUGCAAACCGAACAGACGCCACCUUUAUCCGUGUAAUUGGCAGCGAAUUAGUGCAAAAGUACGUGGGAGAAGGUGCUCGCAUGGUUCGAGAACUCUUCGAAAUGGCACGAACCAAGAAGGCUUGCAUCAUUUUCUUCGACGAAAUUGAUGCAAUUGGAGGAGCUCGUUUUGACGAUGGUGCCGGAGGUGACAACGAAGUUCAGCGUACUAUGCUGGAAUUAAUUACACAACUGGAUGGAUUUGAUUCGCGUGGCAACAUUAAAGUUAUGUUUGCAACCAAUCGUCCAUCUACGCUGGACCCUGCGUUGAUGCGUCCUGGCCGUAUUGACCGAAAGAUUGAAUUCUCGCUGCCUGACAUGGAAGGACGUGCCAAUAUUCUCCGUAUUCACGCCAAGAGCAUGUCUGUGGAGCGGGACAUUCGCUGGGAGUUGAUAUCCAGACUUUGCCCGAAUGCCACUGGUGCUGAAUUACGCAGUGUCGCUACUGAAGCCGGUAUGUUCGCUAUCCGUGCUCGGCGGAAGGUCGCAACAGAGAAGGACUUCCUAGCUGCUGUAGACAAGGUGAUCAAGGGCAACCUCAAGUUCAACUCGACAGCGACAUAUAUGCAGUACAACUAG